AUGUAUCCAAGAUGUAUUUCACAAGAUAUACUUGAAGGUCUUUUUGGAACAAUUCGAGAAUUAAGAGGAGAUUCUUCAACACUCGAGUCUUAUAGUCACACAUUAAAUAAUGAAGAAAGAGAAAGAGCGAAAAACGUUCAACAAAAACCAGAAGAUUCGGCAGGAUUGUCAAUAGAAUAUAUAGAUAUUCCAGAAGAAACCUCACCGAUCCGUACAGAGUGGUUAGAAUCUAAUAAUAAAGCCGAGAUUUUAAAAAGAUAUUAUGAUCGGUUCGUCAAACCGAUUGUAGGAAAGGAACAACAAUUAUCAAAUAUAAUAUUUACAGAUAUUGGAAAACCAAAGAUAAUGCCAGGCAAUCAAUUAAGGAAAGCAAUAAAACAUCAAAGAUUAAGGUAUGAAAAAAUACCACGUACCGAACCAAUAGAGUGGAACUUUUUGGACACGAAGGUUAAAGGACCGAUUCUAGGAUUCAAUCCUGAAGAAUAUGGUAUUGAAUCAUUGACUUUGGAAAAAAAAUCAACACAAAAUUAUAAUAAUAUUAACAGCGAUCAUAUUGUAACCAUAACAGAAUCUGUAGAUUCCAGUAAUAUGUAUGAUGAAAGGUCGCUCGAGAAGAAGAAACAUGAUUCUGAACAUGGAGAAAAGAAACGUAAACACAAAAAAGAUGGGGAACAUAAGAGAGAUAAAGAUGGAGAACAUAAAAAGAAGAAAAGAAAAAAGCAUGUUUUUGCUGCAUGA